AUGGUGGCAUGGGCAGUAGAGCUAUCCGAAUUUGGUAUUAUCUUCGAAGCACGUAAGGCGAUCAAGGCACAAACAUUGGCAGACUUUGUAGUAGAGAUGACACAUCCCAGAAGUGACUUGGAAAAUAGCUGGUGGAAGUUGUUUGUAGAUGGGUCAUCCAACAUGAGGGGCAGUGGUGUAGGAAUUAUUAUUGAGAACCCGGAAGGGGUGGCAGUAGAGCACUCGUUGACGUUGGAAUUUCCCACUAGCAACAAUCAAGCUGAAUAUGAGGCAAUGAUCGCCGGGUUAAUUUAUGCCAAAGAGCUCGGAGCGGAAUAUCUGGUAGUAUAUAGUGACUCGCAAUUGGCGACUUCACAAGUUAGCGGGGUGUAUCAGGCUAGAGGAGAGAUCAUGAUCAAGUACUUGUCAAAGGUGCAAGAAUUGAUAGGACAAUUUAAAGAAGUCCGAGUAGAACAUAUUCGGAGGAAUGAUAAUAUACGAGUAGAUGUCUUGUCUAAACUGGCGAGUACAAAAACCACAAGAAGUUUGAGGACAAUCAUACAACAGAGUGUUGAGGCUCCGAGUGUGGUAUGGAUGAUACAGGAGGUAGAUUGGAGAAGCCCAAUUCAAGAUUUUUUAGAAAAAGGAAAGGAGCUCGGAGAUCAAAGAGAAGCUGUUAAACUAAGGAGAAGAGCAACAUGGUUCGUGAUAAUAGAGGGGCAAUUGUAUAGAAGAGGCAUGAAGUCGCCUUUGUUGAAGUGUAUAGCCGCUCCAAAUACUGAGUAUGUACUAGAAGAAAUACAUGAAGGUAUUACUGGGCAUCAUCUUGGGGGGAAAUCCUUAGCAAGAAAAGCUAUACGAGCAGGGUAUUUCUGGACGACAAUUGGGGAAGACGCUAAAAAACACGUGCGAAGAUGUGAACAAUGUAAGAAGUUUUCCAGCAUAUACAAGGCUCCUACAGAGGAGUUAUUCAUAAUUUCAUCCCCUUGGCCAUUCUUUAAAUGGGGAAUGGACCUUUUAGGCCCGUUUCCCAAAGCAGCCGGAGGAGUUAAGUAUUUGAUAGUGGCCGCUGACUACUUUACAAAGUGGAUAGAGGCUGAACCUCUUGCAACGAUUACUGCUCGGAAGGUCCAGAAGUUCUUCAUCAGUAAAAUAGUUUGCAGAUUUGGUAUUCCGGCUAUAGUCAUCACAGACAAUGGGACACAGUUCAUGGACAAAAAAUUUGGUAUUGUGGGAGUGAAGCAUAAGUUUUCAACUGUUGAACACCCAUAA